AUGCUCCGGCUGGGAGGAGACGGAGUCCGCGGGGAGGAGAGCGGCGCCGGCGGGGGAGGGCGGGGAGGAGAGAUGCUCUGGCUGGGAGGAGACGGAGUCCGCGGGGAGGACAGCGGCGCCGGCGGGGAGACGGAGUCCGCGGGGAGGACAGCGGUGCCGGCGGGGAUGAGGGCGGUGAGGAGAGCGGCGCCGGCGGGGAUGCGGGCGGUGAGGAGAGCGGCGCCGGCGGGGGUGGGCGGGGAGGAGACCGGCGGCGGGAACCCUAGCCGCCGCCUCCCAUGCGCGUACGAACGGAACAGAGAGGAGAGGGUUGGGGAAUCGGUGGGGGUGGGGGAGAGGGGAAAAAAGAGAAGGGCAUUUUUCGUAAUAACGGGGAAGAGGGGUGAGCGGGGAGAGCCAGAAGCUCGGGAAGCACCUCAGGAGGUGCUUCUGUGCUUCUAG